AUGGAUGAAAAAGUAAUGUCCGGCAGUACACAACAAACUAUCAACUGCUCAGAAGAGACGCAUCCAAUUAAGCCACAUUCGCAAUCAAGUGUUAAUAUGCUAACACUUGAAGAAAUGACAAAUUCUGUUGACCGUAAUCGAGAGAAAAAAAACGCUUAUAAUAUAAAGAUGUGUUAUUAUUUCUACCGGUCUAGACGUCAUAUAAAGAAAACAUGCUUGAAACACGGCCGUAAAGUCAAAGCCUUUGUAUUUAUCUUGCUUAUAUGUCUUUACACGGCCUUUUUUUCUUACGCGAUGUACCUACGACAGGGUGAUAGUUCUAUGACAGGCUUCAUUGCGAUCACUGUCGUUUUAGCGUUAGUUUUCAUGUUUAAAAUUAUUCCCUACAAGCGAGCAGUUGAGAGAUUUCAACAUUUUCUAAAGACACAUCCACGUACUCUACAGAACAGCAAAAGGUCGCUGGUUGUGUUAUGUCUUCUGGUCACAGGUGUGACUCUGAUCACAGAAGUAAUAAUGGUCCGUCCAUCAAAUCUGAUCUCUUUGACUGGCAUCGUCGGUAUUUUGACCAUGUUCCUUCUGACCUCCACGCACCCACACAAGGUGAAAUGGCGCCCGGUAUUAAGCGGACUGGUUCUCCAGUACCUUUUCGCCCUCAUUGUGCUGAAGGUCCCUAUUGUCUACCGUGCCCUUCAGUGGUUUGGUGCCAUCAUAACCAAAAUCCUCUCAUUUUCUGGUGCUGGAGCAGACUUUAUCUACGGCUCGGACUUCGAACAUGUUGGUCUGGUUUUUCGUAUUAUCCCACUGAUAGUUUUUGUCAUGUGUGUGCUUACGGUGUUAGAGCACCUCAAAAUUCUGCAUGUUGUGCUGAAAGUAAUCGGUCGGUUCUUGGCUACCUGUCUGGGCGUAUCGCCCGCAGAAGCUCUGAAUGCUUCAUCUAACAUCUUUCUUGGGCCUGUGGACAGCCUGAUGAUCAUUCGCCCAUUCCUGGAUGACGUCACACCGUCGGAGCUCCACUGUCUCAUGGCCAAUGGGAUGUCUACAGUUACUGGAAGCAUUAUGGGAUUGUACAUUAUGUUAGGUAUCUCUGCGGACCACCUUCUGGCCGCCUCAGUCAUGUCUGCACCCGCUGCUUUAUCACUGUCCAAGCUGGCAGUGCCAGAGACGCGAAGAAAUGCGAAACUGGAGGAAGACGAUUUUCACUUUGUUAGCAAGUACCAGAGCGUGAUGGAUGCAGCCUCCAGCGGGGCUACAACAGCCAUGACACUGGGAGCAGCCAUAAUUGCCAAUUCUAUCGCUGUCGUCAGUGUUAUGAAGAUGGUCAACUAUGUCCUAAACUGGCUCGGUGAGCUCGUCAACGUCCAAGGGUUGACCCUGCAGUGGAUUUGCUCCUUCGUGUUCUACCCCCUUGCCAUAGCAAUGGGUAUCGACGUCCAGGAUGGCCACCGGGUAGCAGAGCUGAUCGGACUGAAGGCGUUUAUAAACGAAAUUGUCGCCUAUACUUCACUCGGCCAUUACCGGACAAACCGGAUACGAUUUGAGGAGUAUGUGUCCUUGAACUACACCGACUGGUCUAUCGACAAAGCUAGCAAUGAUGUCAGUCUUCCUGGAUGGAACGCAACACUGGAGGGCGGGUUUUUAACGGACAAAUCUGAAGUGAUCACCACUUAUGCCUUGUGUGGAUUCGCCAACUUUAUCAGUGUGGGCAUCAUGAUGGGAUGCUACUUAGUGCUAAUACCUCAUCGGAAGGCGGUGGUCUUCAAGUACAUCCUUCGCUCUAUGAUGGUGGGACAUUGUGCCAGCUUCAUCACAGCUUGUAUAGCAGGUCUGCUAUACAAGUGA